AAAAAACAUUCAUUUUGUUUUUUUUUUUUAAUUGAAUUACAAAAAUACAAAUUAUUGAGACUUUCAUUUUAAUAAAUUCCAAAAACAAGCAAAAAAAUGUAUAAAAAUUCAACAGAAAUUAUUCGCAAACCUUUGGGUGCUUCGAAUAAAAAACCCAUUGUCAUAAAAGCUAGCAAAUAUCGCAAAAUGAUUGCCACAAUAACUGGCCAAGACUUGAAUAAAAUAGAAUCCGAAGAAGAACAACGUUACAAGAAUAAUCUGAAAAAGGGUUCUGACGAGUUGGUUGCAAAAUGGGGAAGAAGUUUCAAGCAAACUCAAGAACAGAAACUCGUUGACAGGGAAAAGAAAUUCGCCGAAAAGGCUCAAAAAGAAAAAGAAGAUUAUCAAAAAAUCAAAGAAAAAGAUGAAAAUAUUCGUCGUGAAAAGAUUGCUCGAGCUGAAGAACUCGUCCAAAAGCUAAAACCUGGACCUAAAGAGUUACAAAGUGCAGCAAUGCAAAGUGAAACAUUAAAAGCUCGUGCAUUUCAAAGAAAUAUAAAUAAAGAGUUUGAAGAAACUCUUAAAAAACAAUCGGCUGAAAAAGCACUUCAAAUGGAACGCCAAGCUAUGCCAUGGAUUGAAGAAGAACAAAGACGGAUAUCGAAUAGUAUCCAACGAAAUAAUCAAAACAAAGCUGAUUUGUUGAAGACGAUUAACGAGAAAGCUCGUCAAAAAGCUGAAACUACAGCGCAAGCUAUUUCAGCUGAAAAAGUGGCCAAUAGUUUAUGUGAUAAAGAGAUUAAGGCUCAAAUUGAUAGAGAACAGGAAUUGUUGAAACGAAAGCGUGAAGCACUGCGGAAGAAUGCAUUGGAAGCAAUGAUUAUGGUUGAACAGAGGAGAGCUCGUGAACAAUAUCAAGACAAACUUCAGGGACAGUUUAUUUCCAUCUAUAAUGAGGGCAAAAAGAAAAUGGAAGAAAUCAAAAAAGACCAUGAGGUGCAUUCUCGCCAAGACCAUGGUCAACGUAAUACAUUAAAUGCCCAAAAAUUGAUUGCCCUCCAACCAGAUACUGUCAAAGAAGAAGAAAAUCGUCUUCGCAAAGAUAUUAGCACAAUUCAAUUGCAAUUCACGGCUCAAGAAAAAGAAAAAAUCCAACGUAGUCGUCAGCAGAAAUAUGCUCGCAUUCAAGAGUAUUUUAAAGAAUUGAAUGCUCAAAAGGAACGCGACCAGCGUAAAAUUGAAGAAAAUCGUUUCGCUUUGGCCAAUCGUCUGAAGAACGAUGAAGUAAAUGCCGCUUUUCUAGAAAAACAAAAACAAGAUAAAAUCCAAAAUGCUCAAGCAAUGCGUAAAGCUUUAGCUGAACAAGUUGAAGAACGCAAAAUUAUUGAAGCCGAAGAAAAAGAAAACGACAAACAAUUGGCUAGGGUUAGGUUUGAAAAGGAAGAUAAAUUCUUCUUUGAUUAUGCUAAUAAAUUAGUUGCUGAUGCUGUGAAGAAAGAUAGACCUUUGUAUCCGUUUGUCAAGGCCAUCAAUCAGUAUAAGAAGGACAAUGAAAUCGAUGUAGAUCGCAAGUUGCCGCGUCAUUUGGAAUCACAUUUACGUAUUGGUGUUAAAACUCCUGAAAACGAGAUGGCAGGUUCAUCAGGUAAAGUUGCACCAUCAAUUAUGCGAAAAUAUGGAAUAGAUGAGCUUAAAUCACUUAAUGGUUAUUCAGCUCGCAAUGAUUGAACUUAGAAUAUUCUUUAAUUUAUUUAUUUGAACUUUUAUAUUUUUUGACUUGAAAUGAACCACUAAUAAAAUCAAAAUGAAUUUGAUAUUAAAUUUUAA